AUGAAGAGGGUGAUGAGGCGACGGUUUGUACCACCUCAUUAUUAUCGAGAUCUCUACCUUAAGUUGCAGGGUCUUCGUCAGGGCUACAGAAGUGUUGAUGAGUAUUACAAGGAGAUGGAGAUGGCUAUGAUUAGAGCCAAUGUUGAAGAGGAUCGGGAGGCAACCAUGGCAAGGUUUUUGAAUGGGUUGAACCGAGAGAUUGCUGACCCAAUCGAGCUACACCAUUAUGUGGAAUUGGAGGAUUUGGUUCAUAUGGCAAUCAAAGUUGAGAGGCAGCUCAAGAAGGGUAGUUCAAGUUCGAGGUCAAGACCGAGCCCACACAAUCCCAGUACAACACCUUGGAGGUCGAACUAUCCAAAGAAAGAAGACCAACCCACUUCAUCAUCUACACCAAAACCAGCCACCACAGCCACACCACCUCAAGGUAAAACAACUCCUACUAAGUCUCAUUCUAGUGAGAUAAGGUGUUUCAAAUGUCAGGGGCGAGGACACAUAGCUAGCCAGUGUCCAAACAAGAGAGUCAUGGUGAUUCGAGAAAGUGGAGAGAUAGAUUCUGAAGAUGAAGAUGAUCUUGCUGACAUGCCACCAUUGGAAGAUGCUUCUGACAAUGAGUAUGGACCAGAAUCUGGUGAGAUGCUUGCACUAGUCACAAGGCGAGUCCUGAAUUUGCAAGCAAAAGAAGAGGAAGAAGAGGUGCAGCGAGAGAACAUCUUUCACACUCGUUGUCAUGUGAGAGACAAGGUAUGUAGUGUCAUUAUUGAUGGAGGUAGUUGUACUAAUGUUGCUAGUGCUUCCAUGGUUUCCAAGCUGGGGCUUACAACGCUUAGGCAUCCUUGUCCAUACAAAUUGCAAUGGCUGAAUGAUAGUGGUGAAGUGAGGGUUACAAAACAAGUACUGGUCUCAUUUCGCAUUGGCAAGUAUGAAGAUGAGGUGUUGUGUGAUGUGGUUCCCAUGCAAGCUGGACACCUCCUUCUAGGAAGGCCUUGGCAAUUUGAUCGGCGGGUGCAGCAUGAUGGCUUCACCAACAAGUAUUCAUUCACAUUCCGUCAACGAACAAUCACUCUAGCGCCAUUGACACCAAAGCAAGUGUAUGAAGAUCAAGUGAGAGAGAAAAGUGGGGAAUCAAGUGAGAGAAAACAAAAUAAUUUUUAUGCAAAAAAAAGUGAGGUUAAGAGAGCAUUGGUUACAAAACAGCCCAUGAUUUUACUCAUGUAUAAGGAGGCUCUUUUAAAUACUAACCAACUUGAUUCUUCGUUGCCAAGUGUUGUUGUGUCUAUUUUGCAGGAAUUUGAGGAUGUGUUUCCUGAGGAGGUACCACAUGGUUUACCACCUAUUCGAGGGAUAGAACAUCAGAUUGACUUUGUUCCAGGUGCUUCAAUACCAAAUCGACCAGCAUACAGAAGUAAUCCUGAUGAAACAAAGGAAUUGCAAAGGCAAAAGGAUGGAACAUGGAGGAUGUGUGUUGACUGUCGAGCCAUCAACAAUAUAACGGUAAAAUAUCGACAUCCCAUUCCUCGUUUAGAUGACAUGUUAGAUGAAUUGCAUGGUUCUUGUGUGUUUUCCAAAAUUGAUCUUAAAAGUGGGUAUCAUCAGAUACGUAUGAAAGAAGGGGAUGAGUGGAAAACUGCUUUUAAAACUAAACAUGGAUUGUAUGAGUGGUUAGUCAUGCCUUUUGGACUAACUAAUGCACCUAGCACUUUCAUGCGUUUAAUGAAUCAUGUAUUGCGUGCUUUCAUUGGAAAAUUUGUGGUUGUGUAUUUUGAUGAUAUUCUUAUUUAUAGUAAGAAUUUGCAUGACCAUGUUUUGCAUUUGCAUUCUGUUUUGGAUGUUCUUAGGAAACAGAGUUUAUAUGCUAACCUCAGUAAGUGUACUUUCUGCACCGAUAAGCUUGUUUUCCUAGGCUUUGUUGUAAGUGCUACAGGUAUUCAGGUGGAUGAAGAAAAGAUCAAAGCCAUCCAAGAGUGGCCGACCCCUACAACUAUAGGUAAUGUUAGAAGUUUUCAUGGACUUGCUAGCUUCUACAGGAGGUUUGUGAAAAAUUUUAGCACCAUCGCCGCACCACUUACAGAAGUUAUCAAAAAGAAUGUGAUAUUUAAAUGGGGUGAAGCUCAAGAGGAGGCAUUUCAGCUACUGAAAUACCAGCUUACUCAUGCUCCUUUACUUGCUUUGCCUAACUUUUCUAACACUUUUGAAGUUGAAUGUGAUGCUUCUGGAAUAGGUAUUGGCGCUGUUCUUAUGCAGGAUGGGAGACCGCUUGCAUACUUUAGCGAAAAGCUAAGUGGGGCUGCCCUCAAUUACCCCACCUAUGACAAAGAAUUGUAUGCACUAGUGCGUGCUUUAGAAACAUGGCAGCACUAUUUGUGGCCAAAGGAGUUUGUGAUUCGCACAGAUCAUGAAUCCUUGAAACAUUUGAAAGGCCAACACAAGCUCAACAAGAGACAUGCAAGAUGGGUUGAGUUCAUUGAGACAUUUCCUUAUGUCAUUCGCUAUAAACAAGGUAAGGAGAAUGUGGUUGCUGAUGCCCUUUCUCGCAGGUAUGCCCUAAUCUCCACUCUUGAUGCUAAAUUACUUGGGUUUGAACACAUAAAGGAGCUGUAUUCUGCUGACCAUGAUUUUGGGGAAAUUUAUGGUGUUUGUGAAAAAUCUGCUGAAGGAAAAUUUUAUAGGCAUGAGGGUUUCUUGUUUAGGGAGCAUAGGUUGUGUGUACCUAAUUGUUCUUUGAGAGAUUUGCUAGUUAGAGAGUCCCACGGGGGAGGGUUGAUGGGACAUUUUGGAGUUGCUAAGACCCUAGCUAUGUUGCAAGAGCACUUCUUUUGGCCCCACAUGAAACGAGAUGUUGAGCGAAUUUGUGGUAGGUGUGUCACUUGUAGGCAAGCUAAAUCAAGAGUUCAGCCAAAUGGCCUUUACACACCCCUACCUAUCCCUAGUUCACCCUGGGUUGACAUUUCAAUGGAUUUUGUGUUGGGUUUACCUAGAAGUAAGCGUGGGAGGGAUUCAAUCUUUGUGGUAUUUUCACCAUUUGAAAUUGUUUAUGGUUUUAAUCCUCUAACUCCUUUGGAUUUAUCACCUUUACCUGUUUCUGAGCAUUUGAAUUUAGAUGGCGAGAAGAAGGCAGAAUUUGUGAAGAAAAUCCAUGAGAGGGCGCGACUCAACAUAGAGAGAAGGACUGAACAAUACAUUAAGCAAGCUAACAAGGGUCGUCAUAAGCAGGUUUUUGAGCCCGGUGAUUGGGUAUGGUUACACAUGAGGAAAGAGCGAUUCCCAACACAAAGGCGUUCAAAAUUGCUACCUCGAGGAGAUGGUCCAUUUCAAGUACUUGAAAGGAUCAAUGACAAUGCCUACAGACUCAUGCCUAAGUUUCUUGUUUUGUUCGUAGAUCACUUUCCUGGUCGAGUCACAUAUCGAGGUAAUAGCACUUUAAAUCACAUUAAGACUAGUACCUUUUCGUCACUAGAAGAGUUGGAGGAGUGUAAUCUCAGUGACCACUUGAUAAAGGAGUAUUUCAAUGAUGCUGAGAAAGUAAAGCUCUCACUAAUGGACAAUGCUUUCAAGACUUGUACUGUUGUGGAAGAUGUGUACAAGUUUGGUCUACGUUUGUUGGUUAAGGGGAAUCUAAAUGCCAUAGAGGGCAAGCUGCAUAUAUGGCGAGAUAUUCUGAAGAUGGUAGAGGAUGUAGACUACUUCUUCAACUAUCCAUGGGGGAAGUACUCUUAUGGGAGGCUUUUAUAG